UUUUUAACCACAAACCGAAUUUUCUUUCAUUUAGGUGAUCUAUAUAUAUCUAUAUCGUAUAGCUUAUAGCUUAUAUCUAUUUUAAAUAACUUAAAGCCGCUAAAAUUUGGGGGGGAACAGCUUUCGCCCUGGAGCGGUGCGCGAUGCUGUCUCAUGCCGACCUCCUGGACGCCAGGCUAGGUAUGAAAGAUGCCGCCGAGCUUCUGGGUCACCGGGAGGCGGUGAAGUGCAGGCUGGGCGUGGGGGGCUCUGACCCUGGGGGCCAUCCCGGGGAUCUGGCGCCCAACUCGGAUCCAGUCGAAGGAACCACUCUGCUGCCGGGCGAGGACAUCACCACAGUGGGCUCUACUCCUGCUUCCCUGGCGGUGAGCGCUAAAGACCCUGACAAGCAGCCGGGGCCCCAGGGUGGCCCCAAUCCCAGCCAAGCCGGUCAACAGCAGGGCCAGCAGAAGCAGAAGCGCCACCGGACUCGCUUCACCCCAGCGCAACUGAACGAGUUGGAGAGAAGCUUCGCCAAAACUCACUACCCUGACAUCUUCAUGCGUGAGGAGCUGGCGCUGCGUAUUGGGCUGACCGAGUCGCGAGUACAGGUCUGGUUCCAGAAUCGGCGCGCCAAGUGGAAGAAGCGCAAGAAGACCACCAACGUGUUCCGCGCGCCCGGCACGCUGCUGCCCACGCCGGGCUUGCCCCAGUUCCCGUCGGCCGCUGCCGCCGCCGCCGCCGCCAUGGGUGACAGCCUGUGCUCUUUCCACGCCAACGACACCCGCUGGGCGGCGGCCGCCAUGCCCGGUGUGUCCCAGCUGCCGCUGCCGCCCGCGCUCGGCCGCCAGCAGGCUAUGGCGCAGUCGCUGUCACAGUGCAGCCUGGCCGCGGGGCCACCGCCCAACUCCAUGGGCUUGUCCAACAGCCUGGCGGGCUCCAACGGCGCGGGGCUGCAGUCGCACCUCUACCAGCCCGCCUUUCCCGGCAUGGUGCCCGCCUCCCUCCCCGGCCCCAGCAACGUCUCCGGCUCGCCCCAGCUCUGCAGCUCUCCGGACAGCAGCGACGUGUGGCGGGGCACGAGCAUCGCGUCCCUGCGCCGCAAGGCGCUCGAGCACACAGUCUCCAUGAGCUUCACCUAAUGCCGCUGCGCGC